UCCUGUCGCAAAAAAAGAAAAAAACAGUCCUCUCCUUUUCUUCCUAUAAAUUCAUCGACUCUUCACCGCCAAGGCAUAACUCUCUCUAAUCUUCCUCUCCUGCUUUAUUUCUAACACAUCGGAACCAAAUUUGAAUGCUAUAUUGAAGUUUAAUUCUGCAGCAUCUGCAGCGAACGAAGAUGGUGCGUACAAAGGCUACCUCAAUGAAGCAGCAGAAGCGUGGCAUCGACUUUAAGAAAAUUAAGCGGAAGAUAGGCAGGAAACUACCGCCGCCAAAGAAUGCGACGAACACUGAGAUUAAAUCCAAAGCAAUUGUUCUUCCCGAGCAGAGUGUAGCCUCAGAGAAGGCUGGAUUAGCUGUCAGUAAGAAGGGAUUGACGUUGAAAGAGCUUCUUCAACAAACGGCUCAUCAUAACUCGAAAGUUCGUAAAGAUGCGCUAUUGGGUAUUAAGGAUUUAUUCCUUAGGCAUCCAGCCGAGUUGAGGUUGCACAGAUAUGCUGUUAUAGAGAAAUUGCGUGAACGAAUCAGCGAUGAUGAUAAAGUGGUUAGAGAAACACUCUAUCAACUUUUGAAGUCGGUUGUUUUCCCAGGCUGUAAAGAGGAUAAUCAAGGGCCUUUCAUCUCUUUGAUGAUGGCAUAUAUUUUCAAUGCAAUGACACAUUUGGCAAUUGACAUUCGACUGAUGGCUUUCAAAUUUUUUGAUCUUGUUGUGCAAUAUUAUCCACCCUCCUUUUUCAACUAUGCUGAAAAGAUUCUUCAAAACUUUGAAGAUAUUCUGCGAAACAACCAGUUCUAUCUCCAAGAUAAGGGAAAACUCAGGAAUGCUCUAGCUUGCUUGGUGAACUGCUUGUUACUAUUGCCAUGUAAUAAAAGAGAUGUUGAAUCAAAUGAAGAGAAGGCUGCAGAGAAAAGAAUAUUGCAUGGAUAUGAGCCUGACUCGCCUUCAAAAUCUGCUGGGUUUUCUUUCAUUUUCCAUAAAUUGAGAGACCUUGUGGCAGUUCUAGUCAACUGCUUUCAAGAUUUUGUCCCGUUGGCUCAUUCUCUUCCCGUGCUAGAUUCACAGUCAUAUGAUUGUAUGCUUAGUAUAGUUCAGAGCAUAGAUCUUGCUGUGAUGUUUUAUGUUCGUUGGAUACCAAAGUCAGCAUCUCUUUAUGGAGUUGCUGAUGCAGCUAUCUGGGAUCAAACUCUUUCAUCAGUGUUAAUCAAGAAGCUAUUUAUCGUGUUUCCCCUCAACUCGACACAUCAUCUUUCAGCAAAGGGUGAUGAUAAAUAUUUUGUAUUGAACAUUUUGAUUACAAAAAUAUUUUUUCAUUUAACCGAGUUUUCGUGGCCUCCCUCUGAUCUGUUGGAGAAAUAUCUUGCAUUCAUUGAGGAUGCUUUGCUUGGAAAGAUCUGUCGUGACAUGCGGACUGGUAAACCAUUCCAAGAAAGGAAUUUAAUAUCAUUACUUUCUUUUAUUCCAAAACUUGUAUCACAACUGGCUGGUGAUUGGAGAUCUCGCCUUGUUCAGGCGUUUACAAAGACAUUCAAGGAUUGUAAUCCAGAGUCCUCGUUAAAACUGGCAUGUCUUUCAACAAUUCAAAAAAUGCUUGUUCCUGAAGAAGAGGUGCCAUUGCAAUUUGCAAGUGAUCCAACCACACUAGAUUAUCAGAUUGCUUGGAUGAGAGAGCUCCCCAAAUUGCUAGUAGCUCUUGGGGAUAAGCAUCCGUCCUCUUCCCAGGCUGUGUUGCGCCUUCAGCUUCAGCUGGGACAACGUUCUUCAUCAAGUUCUUCACUUGAAUGGGAAUACAAUCAGAUGCAAUUUGCGCUUGGAGAUUUAUACAGCACGUGCCAGGGAGGGCAUACAUGCUAUGGUCCUUUCGUAAGGCUUCCCAGGGAUUGCCAGGAACUCGCUGUCUGUUGCCUUUACUAUUUUUCUUGCUUGGAAUCGAUUUUCCUGAAGUCAAUUGCUUCUUGUUGUUUGUGUGAUGAUUUGGACCCAUCUGUAUUAUUUCGAAUUAUAGAAGUUCUACAUUCAGCAUUCCAAGUUGGCCGCGUCCAAAUUACUGAUCACAUUAGCUUCUUCAUCACCUUGCUCUCCCAUUUCAGAGUUUUUCCAGAGAGUGAUGUGAAGAUUUCAAAUCUUGGCACUUUUAAGUCGAUGACCAGUGCCAUUGACUCAUGCUUAUCCCAGAUGGGUGACAAGCCUCUUGUUUUUCAGAUACUUGAGAACAUAAUAAUUGAGCAGAUAUCAUCAAAGCUCCCUUUGGACAAUACAUGUGCUAUGCUAAGGAUACUUGUCAGCCUUGACACUAAACCAACAAGGCUUUCUGAACCAAGCAUUAUUACUCUGAGCAAUUUUCUUCCUGGAUAUUUAAUUGAUGUUGUUCUGUGCAUUCCAGAGAAUCAUGACAAGGCCAUGAAGUCUACUCAGAUCUGCAGUUGCCGUUUUUAUCUUCUACCUUGCUUUUUCUUGUUUGAUAGAAGUCACAAGCUUCUGAGUCUUGUGUUAACUUUGAUGGGCUCACUGAUUAAAAGUAGUUACUCUCUUCAUUCUGGUCCAACGCAAUAUACUGCAGAACGUGCAAGUAGGGUAGAUGCCAUGGUUUCUGUUCUUCUAUUGAUGCAUAAGGAUGUUAAACUUCGGAAAAUUCUCUCUUCAUCGAAGACAGAGAUCAAUUAUUUCUCACAGAACCUAUAUCAUUUACAGGCAUCAAAAGGAAAAAAUAUGAAACUUGAAGAAAGACACAGAAUACAAUGUGCAUUGGAUCGCCUUAAGGUUGUAACUAGUACAUCAUAGAAGGGGAUGCUACUCGCCAGUGGUCUAGAAAGUUACAGUCCGGUGAUCUGCCUAUUCGUAGACUAGGGCAUGAAAAUGUUCUUCUGGAGGGAAUGGGACCAUGGACAAGCCUUGAACUCAACGUAUAUUCUUCAAUCUACACCAGAGCAACAUGUAUAUGGUCAAAUGGCAUAUUUUUGACAUAUUUUUAUCAGUAGCAGAUGAUCCUGGUGGUGGGUGGUGGCCAGUGGGUGUGUCGUGGGGGAGGAGGGGACUUGUAAGACUCAUGACAUUGUCAAAUGGCAGUAGGAAUGAUGUUGGAUGUAAAAUUACAAAUGAAGUGGUUGGAUUGAUAGUUGAAUGGGAUCUCUCUCACGCAUUGUCGACUGACGUUCAGUGAGCCAAUAUUAUAAACCAUUGGCUUGGUACUGCUAAUUUUAUUGAUUUCUGGUCGGCAAUCGCUCAACUGAACAAAGGGGUUGUCUGGAGUCGAAAUAGUUAAAUAUGAUUGACAAAUGAAACAAAUCUCUUCACGUUUUAUUUGGAUGCUCUGCUAGUUAGCUUGUGUUUGCUUCACAGACUCUUUCAGUUGCUAUGAACAGUGUUCUUGAGAAACAUCAAUGAAAAUUUUUACUUGUGUUGCUGCUGC